AAAGGGAGAGGAAAGCGAUGUGACAGGCAAAGGGUGUGGAGAAGAAGGUGGUGUUAGUCCUGGGAUGGAAAGGUAAGUGAAGGUAAGUACUUGUGUUUACAAGUAUCCCUGACCCUCUCGGGUAACCUGGAGUGAAGAGAACUUGCCAUUUAGCCUAGUGUGGUGGUGGCACACACCUGUGAUCCCAGCAUGCAAGAGGCUGAGGCAGGAAGAACGCUGCGAGUUCCAGGCCACCCUGGGCUCCAUAGUGAGACUCUUUCUCAAAAAACAAAACAAAAAAGAUUACUUACCAUUUGGGCUGGUUGUGUAGCUCUGUGCUAGACAUCUUACCUGCAUGUGCCAGCCACUGAGUUCGAUCCCCGACAUGGGGGGGUGUUUACCAUUUGCAGGCCCUGAUUCUGUGCCUUUCCUGCCAAGAGCUCGGGAUUUAUCCUCACGGAGAACUGGAUGCAGGUCCUGUUGAUGCCUCCACUCAUUAGAAGUUAAGAGACAGGGCUGGGGAUUUAGCUCAGUGGUUCUACUGCCUGCCUCAAAAGCGCAAGGACCUGAGUUCAAUCCCCGGUACCAAAAAAAAAAAGAAGUUAGGAGACUAACAAUGGGGUGUGAGGUAAAGGCGGAGCUGGCCUGAAGCUCCUUGUAUCUCAGCCCAAGGAAGGUGACCUGAAACCUGGAGCAGAGCUGACAAAUUCCAAAGCCCACAGGGACCAGACAUGGAAGACGGAGCCAACUGGAAGCGGGGUGAUGGGGAGGGGGGCCCGUGGGGAACUGCAGAACCCAUGCUCCUCAGUCCUAGGGGCAGCAGCCCCCAUCCAGUGUGGCAGAGCUCCCGAUGUUCUCUCUCUCUCUCCACUGCCCCUCUCCGGGAACUGAACGGAGGGAGCACUGUGAGCUAUGUGCUCAGCCUUUUUUGUUGAAAAGAAGGCCAGGUUCUCACUCAGUUGCCCAGGCUGGCCUUAAGCUGGUGAUCCUCCUGUCUCAGCCUCCUGAGUGGCUGCCAUUACAGGCAGCGUCACUCUACCCAUCAGAUCUUCUAAAUUUCUGAAAGAAGACAGAAGUUGGGUUUCCAUAGGGCUAUUCCAGAUUUUCAGAACAUGUUGGCCAAACCAAAGUGGUCUUUGAACCAGAUAUGACCCACAAGCCACCAGUCUGCCACCAUGACAGACUGGAAAGGGGAAGUGGAGGCUUUGGAAUGAGAAAAGGAAUUCUUCAUGUGGGGAAUGUAAUUGGCCUGUUUGGGAUCCAGCACUCAGGAAAGGUCGGUUUUAAUCAGCAUUUAGAAGAAGAAGGCCUCUGCAUUCUUUCACUGUGCCCUCCCCAAGCUUCUUUCCUAAAUUGGGAGCUGAAAGGCCUAGGACAGAUAGAUAAUCUCUAAAGCCGAAGGACAGGAAAUUGUAGCAAAACCCCCAGCUUUUCACACAGUCUAAUUUUACCCAUGAUUAUUUUAUUUUAUUUUUUGGUACUGGGGCUUGAACUCGGGUCCUUGCACUUGUAGGGCAGGUGGCAGAACCACUGAGCUAAAUCCCUGGCCCAUGAUUAUUUUAGAGACAGACUCCUUGAGCAGCUCCCAAGAUCCUCAUCCACCUUCACUGAGGAGCUCAGCAACUAUUAAAAUGUAAAGCAUACACAUCCCAGACCCAGGACUCUGGGAGGCUGAGGCAGGAGGGCUGAGGGUGAAGCUCAGUGCAAAGGCCCUGGGUUCAAUUCCCAGUAUCACAACAAAAACAAAACAAAACACCCACACCUACCAUGAUGCUCAGCUCCUUGGAGCAGCCAAUGGGAAACUCAGAGCUGAAGGCUCUUUUUGCAAAAGUCUUAGGUUCUGCUUCCCAGCACAGGGGGGACCCGGCUCCCUAGGAGGCAGACAUGUGAUGUGAGCUUUGCUGUUUGUACAGCUGGUCACCUGGGUCCAGAGGAAGCAAAGGCUGGGGAGGUGGAAUGGAGGGGAAGAGGGGUGACAGCUUCGAAGAAUUUUUCUUUUUUUGAACCAGGGUCUCAUUAUAUAGCCUGGGCUGGCCUCAAAUUCACAGGAUCUUCCUGCCUCAGCUUCCUGAACUCUGUCAAAGAAUUUUUUUUGUUUGUUUUUGUUUUUGUUUUUUGGUACCAGGGAUCAAACUCAGGACCUAUGCGCUAAUGAGGCAGGCGGGCGGAACCACUGAGCUAAACCCCCUGACCCUUGUCAAAGAAUUUUUUUUAACACCCAACAGAUGUCAGGCUUCUCCCGGAAGAUCUCCCAGUUUCAAGUGCUGUGCUUUUGGGCUCUGGAAGCGGCUGCAGGCUGAGCCUCCCCUCUCUGGCACCAGGAGCGCCCCCGAGGGAUGGAGAGAGGUCAGGGCAGUCAGGCGAAGGUUAGGGAAGGAAAGCGACUCCAGGAAAUGUUUGUAUUUCUCCACCAGGAGGGAGGACAAACAAGCUUUUUUCCUGCCUGCUGGGUAGCUGUGUGCACUCUCCAGCACUGAGUGAGUCUGGAGGAAGAGAGAAACUACAAAUACAAAUUACCUGGGUCUGGGCCCAGCAACUCCUCCCAGGCUUGAAUCUCCUCGGGACCGGUUGCUUCCCAGAAAAUGAGGACUUUUUGUGAAACUGGUGCAUCUCGAAGCCUAAGCCGGGCCCGGCCACAGGCUGUGCCUGUCGGGGACACAGGCAGCUGGUGACUCAGGCUAGGGAGCCAGGACCUCCUGGGGGCUUUUGUUUUUCAGGCUGCAGUUUCCCUGCGGGUGCUGUGGCUGCACUCACCCCUAUGUGCUCUGGCCGCUCCCCUGGGCACCAAAGUGGAACCCACCAGCUAAGCCAUCGGUGGCCUCUCCGGGACUCCAGGAGCCACUCCGCACACAGGACACCUGCUGUCUCCACCAUGGACAACGGGUCGUGCUGCCUCCUCGAGGGGGACCCCAUCUCCAAGGUGAUGCCGCCGCUGCUCAUCCUGGCCUUCGUGCUGGGAGCCCUUGGCAAUGGCAUCGCCCUGUGUGGCUUCUGCUUUCAUGUGCAGACCUGGAAGCCGAGCACUGUUUACCUUUUCAAUUUGGCCGUGGCUGAUUUCCUCCUCAUGAUCUGCCUGCCCUUCCGGACCGACUACUACCACCGACACAGACACUGGGGCUUCGAGGACGUGCCCUGCAGGCUGGUGCUCUUCAUGCUGGCCAUGAACAGGGCCGGGAGCAUUGUGUUCCUCACGGUGGUGGCUGUGGACCGGUACUUCAAGGUCGUCCACCCCCACCACGCACUCAACACCAUCUCCAAGCGGACCGCGGUGGGUGCCGUGUGUGUCCUUUGGACCCUGGUCAUCCUGGGGACCCUGUACCUCCUGGUGGAAAGCCACCUGUGUGUGCGGGAGAAGGCCAUCUCCUGCGAGAGCUUCAUCAUGGAGAAGGCCAACGGCUGGCACGACGUCAUGUUCCAGCUGGAGUUCUUCCUGCCCCUGAGCAUCAUCCUCUUUUGCUCCUUCAAGGUCGUGUGGAGCCUGCAGCAGCGGCGGCGGCUGGCCCGACAGGCGAGGAUGAGGAGGGCCAUCCGCUUCAUCACGGUGGUGGCCGCUGUGUUCGUCACAUGCUACCUGCCCAGCGCGCUGGCCCGACUCUACUUCCUGUGGACAGUGCCCUCUAGCGCCUGCAACGCGUCCGUGCACAUGGGCCUCCAUGUCACUCUCAGUUUCACCUACCUGAACAGUGUGCUGGACCCUCUCGUCUACUACUUCUCAAGCCCCUCAUUUCCCAGAUUCUACACCAAGCUCAAUGUCUGCGGCUGGAGACCCUGGCGACCGGGACCAGAGCCUCUCGAGCCGAGGGAGCUCCCAGCUUCCAACCUGUGUCGAAAGAGUAGCAUCACUGUGGCACACAGUUGCCAAAGCCAGCUGGACACCCAGUGGGAACUGCAAGUGUUGAAUGGCACUAACACAGACAGGCCAACGGCGUCGAGGGGGACAGAUGGGCCACCCUGAGUUAACCCGUGCCCGUGCACGGAGGACUUGGAAAAUGCUGCCGCCCUUCCGUAGUGGUGUCCUCCUUCCCUCCUGCGGGAACUGAGAGCCACGUCCCUCUACCUUUGUGGAAGGUUCCAGUAGACUGACGUGAGUUUGUUGUGUUUCUGUGUUCUGACUGCAGUGGCAGGACAGCGUGUGACAUGGAGGAUGGGUGCGUUGGUCGGGGAUUGCUCGGCCCCUGGGUCAUUUUUAGCGGCGGGGGAAAUGGUCUGCAUUGCUCUGGGGGGAGCUAGUGAACUGAAUGACUUCUCGGUAUUUCUUAGCCUCUGACCCUCAGUACUUAUCUUGGGAAAGAGAAACUGGACCAAGUCCAUUCUUUGCUUUCGGCUGAGCGAGCCUGUCUGGACUGGGUCAUCUGACUGCUGUUGCCCAUCUUCCUCGUGCCCCUCUGUUCGUUUCAUUGCCAACGUUGUGACUGCCAGGCAGCCCAGGAGCCACAGCAGGAUGAUCUUGCCUUCACCUCCGAGCGCCCACAUUUUUCUGCAGAUCCUUACAUUUCAAAGGUGGUGCUGAGGGUUAUGUUUUCCUGCCCUGGUUCCUCCACGGGAGCUGAGAGCUUGAAAAACAAAUCCCUGUCGGCCUUUGAGUUAUGCUAAGUCCAACCUCACUGCUUCUGGCUGCUUGGUAUGUGAAUGUGGACUGGACUUGUUCACUCGUUUUCCAAGUAUUUACUGACUUCAGCAUCGGGGGCCAGGCAGGAUCCUUUUUAUCUGUAGGACCAUUGGGCAGCUUUGUGUGACAGCAGCUUUGGGGGAGCAGAGAUGUUUAAGGCCUUUGCCCUUUCACUGAAUACGGUUUCUAGACCUGCUCUGUGCACACUGCGGGAUUCCCCUCUCACCGCAGGACCCCCUUAGGCACCCGCAUUUCCCAAAUCUGCUCUGGAACUCUCAAAUCCAGAUGAUUCCAUGGGAUGACAGGCUGCUCCUGCCCUGAAUUCAGGGAAAAUGUUCCGCCCUAAACCUGGCUCCAUUCUCCAACUGCAAAGCGGUGAAAGUUGCCCUCUCCGCCUGUAUUUCUGUUCUCCAAUCCCCAGGGUACGCUGUCCACACUGGACCUUGCCAACCUUUCAUUCUUUUGCCUCCAAACACCCUCUAGGCUGUCUCUGCCGGUUCCUUUUCAGCCUGGCGAUGAAGUGUGGCCCACAGAAGUUAAGGUAGAUUGGAUCCGAAUCCCAGCUCAGCCACCAUGCCAUGUGUGAUCUUGGGGCAGACCUUUUUUAUUUUUUUGGACUGGGGAUCAAACUUGGGGCCUUGCACUUGCAAACUGAGCUAAAUCCCCGGCCCUGGGGCAGAUUUUAUUUACCCAUUUUCAGUUUCAGUUUUCUCAUGUCACACACAGGUAACAAUAAUACUGACUUCACAGAUUCAAGGAAUGUAGAGUCCUGAAGCAUAAAGGGACCAUUAUGUCCAGAAAAACACCGCCAUAUAGCAAAUGCUCAUUAAAAGACUUGUUGAAUGAAUGUAAGAAUAAGUGCAUGUAAAACCAGAAGCUCUGUGUUUUACAUAAGUGUUCAAUGUUAUGACUUAUUACAUUAACACAUUUCACACAUAAAGAAACUGACGCAGAAACCGGGUGUGGUGCAGCAUGCCUGUAAUCCCAGCACUCGGGAGACUGAGGCAGGAGGAUUGUCUUGAGUUCAAGGCCAGUCUGGGCUACAGAGUGAGUUUAAGGCCAGCCUGGGCUACAUAGCGAGACCCUGUCUCAAAAAACUAAAAAGAAAAAAAAAAAAUCCACACUGAGGGACAAGUGAUUUCUCUUGUGGUUCAGAGUCCCUAAGUAGCUGCUUCAUUAUCACAACCUGGAUUACCUUAUUCCCCAGCUACCCAGGAGGUGAAGCCAAGGGUUCUGUGAGUGUCUAUGGACAACGUGUCUUCUUAAUAGAAAUCUGUGAAAAUCCAUGCUUCUGCUUUUAAUCUAUUCUUAGUUACAGUUGUUUCCUCGGCCACUCCUUUGUUGCUUCAUCUUAAUAAACACGGUUUUGAAAGAACAC